AUGUCCUAUUCACACAUUUCUCGCAGCAACUUCGCUAAUCUCUCGUAUGAGCUCAUCUCAAAGAUCGUGAAAUUUGGGACGGGCGACGGUACCGACGCUGCCACGGGGGCUAUUGUGCCACCGAGUGCCACCGGGUUACUCGCCGCGACCCACGUAUGUCGCAGCUGGAGAGAGGCAACUGUACACAACGCAACCCAUUGGAGGAAUAUAUGGAUAGGAAGUCUGGACUCGGUGAGGACCAUGCUAGCACGGACACUGCGUUUGCCCAUCGCCGUAGCCGGCUCGUUGUCGACGGAGGCCGAUGGGAGAAAGCUGGCGGUCGUCAUGAACCAAAUAUCGCGCGUACGGUCUCUCAGCUUAAAGACGACUUCGGAGGCGUUACGUGCAUUGGAUGGACGGAGGAAAGGGGCCGCGUCGAUCCUAGAGAUGCUUGAGAUCGAAAGGGUGGACCGCGACGAGCCCGUUGAUCUAUCUUGCUUCGCGUCGCCGAAGCUGCGACACCUCGACGUCACGAACUUCGACUUCAACGAGUUCAGGGCGCUGCUAAGUCCCUCCAUUACCAGCCUACGAAUUGCAGGCGUCUGCGUCUCCACCACGACCGGCGAAGUGAUACAGCUUCUCCACCACCUUCCUCACCUCGAGUCUCUCGAGCUCAAGGUGAACCUGCUACCAACCGCGGAAGAGAAUGCUAUAGUCCAGACCACUUGCCUGGAAGGAUUACGUCGCGUCGACAUGGCGAUUCAAAGCGUCGGCGAAGCAGAGCUCCUCGCGUUCGUAUCGAUGCCGCACGUUGACUUCGUGCGUCUCUCGAUUCUCUGUGACGACGACUUGCCGGAGGUCAUGGAGCUGGUGAGACGGCGAUUCGAGGGCGACGGCAGGACGGCGUUCGGGGGAUGCACGUUGUAUGCCCCCAAUCCCACCAGCCUUCAUGUGGCAUUGACGCCAGACGAGACUGUACCUGCCUGUCCACCUCAAGUCGGUACCUACAUCAUCUUCGACAACUUUGAGGAAUGGGAAGAAUAUCGCGUCAUUGAUCUACUGCGCACGAAGUUCGGACCGACCCGUACCGCGCCCUGGAUAUCGGCCGUGGAGCAACUGGCCAUACGAAAUGCUCGCGCCCACACGGAAAUAUCCACACAGUCCUGGAGAGCGCUUUUUCAGGUGAUGCCGUCCAUCAGGACACUUGGCAUUUCGGAACGAGGCACAGCCGUAUUCCCCAUGGGUCUUUACUUACAGAAACCCGUCGGUAAUCUCUGGUAUAGGCGGCCACUGUUCCCCCAACUCGAGUCGCUCGACCUGGAAGGCGUCUGGUUCCGGGCAUCGUCUCGGUUGUCCGAGCAAGACCAGGGCGACUUUCUGGAUCGCCUUGUAACACCUUAUCAGCGCUGCGACGGUACGCAAUGCAUCAAAAGUCUUACCAUUCGCGCGGGAGUCAAUAUCUUCCGAGAGGAUAUCGAAGUCCUGCGCAGAGUCUCUCGCGAUUUUAAUUGGGACGAGGUGGAGACGUUCAAGGCGAGGAAUGACACCUUCGAGGAGGGGGUCGACUUCGACCUUUACGACGAUGAGGAUGAAGAAGCAGACAUUGAAGAUGGGGAGCUUGAAGAUGGAGAGCUCGAAGACGAAGAGUUCGAGGAUGGCGCGCUCGAGGACGGCGAGCUUGAUGACAGGGAACUUGAUGGCGAUGAACUUGAAGAAGGAGAACUCGACGACGGGGAGUUUGAGGACGGAGAACUUGACGACAGGGAAGAGUCCCCGAGUGAAGACGAACGCGGCGGUGAGGUCCCAGCUCUUCCGGGGAAAGAGAGCCACGAAGGACAACCGGGCCGCACCGGUGAAAAGCCCAAGGACAGCCCGUCCUCCAAACCAACCGGCGUCCCUGAGAGCAAGGAAAAGUGA